AUGCUAACUGAAGAGGAAUUUGAACGUAAGGUGAAGGAUGUUGUGCGUCUUGCGCUGUGUUCUGAACUCCGUCGUACUCCAAUGCGUCGUGAAGACAUAUUAAAAAAAGUCCUUGUGAAUCAUCCCAGAGCAUACAAUCAAGUAAUGGAGGCCGCUGAUACCCGUUUGCGUGAAGUUUUUGGCAUGACGAUAGCUGAAUUACCGACAAAGGAGCGAAAGAACGUUAUUGGGAGCACUGCUGCUCGAAGAGCCGCUGCAAACAAGGACAAACCAACAACAUAUGUGAAAUCGUAUAUGCUCAAGAAUAUUAUAGCACAGGAACAUAGACAGCCUGAAAUGAUAAAUUGGAAAAACGACGAGCCUGCAAUGGGAUUGCUAAUGGUCAUAUUGAGUUUAAUACUUGUACAUGGACGAGUUCUGACUGACGAUCAGCUUAAACAUUAUUUCCGGCGUCUCUAUUUAACUGAGGACCACGAAGUCUUUGGUAAUAUCAGCGAAGCUGUCAAUACCUUUGUAAAACAGGGUUAUCUGGAUAGAGUGAAGUUGGCAUCCAGCGACAGUUCUCAAUCUGAUAAAGACCAUUAUGAAUAUUACUGCGGUCCGCGAGCAAAAGUAGAAAUCAAAGAGAGCAGUAUGAUCGGCUUCAUACAAACGAUUUUGGGUGGUGUAUCCUUGGAGAAUUUGAGCAAACAGAUUGAACGAGCGUCGGGAACUGAACUUCGAGACGAAUAG